AUGAUUGAAAUAGAACAGACUUAUAGAGAAGAAUUGAUUAAAAUUGAAAAAGAUGAAACUGUGAUAAAUAACGAGUUUGAUGAGUCGAAAUGCUAUAUUGAUAAGUGGAGAAUGGUAGAAAGUAAAUUAGUUUCGCUUUUAGCUGAAAAGGAAAACGGUUCUGUUGUUAAUGAAAGCUUAACUCAAAAUGCUACUAUUCGUUAUCCUAAGCUUAAACUUCCGAUUUUUGAUGGGAAUAUUAAAAGCUGGUUAGGAUUUUGGGGCCAGUUUAAAAAGAUCGAUAAUGAUCCCAAUUUAGAUGAUCAUGAUAAAUUUGCAUAUUUAUUGCAGUCUAUGGAAAAAGGGUCAUCUGCUGAAGAGUUAAUCAAAAGCUUUCCGCCCGGUGGCGAAAGUUAUAGUAAAGCUUUAGAACAACUACAAUCGCGUUUUGGGAAAGAAGACCUUCUUAUAGAAGUCUAUGUUAGAGAUCUACUUUCGUUAGUAUUAUUAAAAAACUCUCAGCAGAAAUUUUCAUUACGAAAACUCUAUGAUAACUUAGAAUCGAAAACUAAGAGCGUUAGAAGUUCUGGGUGUUGCUAG